AUGUCUCUUCCAAAGCACACCACCUCUCCUCCCCUGUCAUCCUCCCCUUCCAGACACUCCGUUCGCCGACCCGCAGAUUCGAACCCACCGUCUCGCCCGCGGAGCAUUGACCGACCGCCCACCGCUCAGCCCGUACAUUCUCUUCCAGAAGAACACCACAGCUAUGAACAUGCGACACACUUUUCGUCUGUGAUUCCCGAACAUGAUGGGCACGAAAAGUCGACCGAGAUCCCGCGACCACCCUUCCAGCCGUUUUUCACUCUCAUCGAGGACUCCAACACCUCCGAGUACUACCAUCCCACAGUCCACUAUAUCUUUUCCGACGAUGAUACCGACAUUGUGACUGAGGCAGCCCUGCGAUCUCUUGAGACAGAGCAGGAUAACUUCCCGGGCAGCGGGAAGGGUAAAACGAAGUCGACACGCGAGCCUCAACACUCACCGCUGGGCGGUGGAGAGGUCGCCCCGUAUGAAGACGAGCUGGAGAGUCCGAGGAAAGAGCCCCUUCUUCCGCCUCCUGUUCCCGGUGUGAAGGAUAAUUACAUCAUUCUCGAUAUGGAUAUGAUGCCCCCGACCGACGCUGGUGCUCCGGCCGCGCCUUUGGACCGACAACCUGAGGGCGGAAUCGCAGGGUCUCCGGGGACACAGGAGACUCAACCUGCACCGCCGCAUCGUUUCAGGGUGACUUCUGCCCAUAGCCUUACGCCGGCCUGGCAAGUACUCAACACCGAACUGGUUUCAGCGCCAACGUUUGAGAAUAACGCACCGGGGGAACAAUCCGCGAAUGGUGGGUUGAUGCUCAAAAUCCAAGGUACAGCUGGGCUGCCCUUUGUCAUGCCCGGGAAGGAUCGGGACAAGGAGAGAGGCGGACAGCGCUUGGAAGACAUGAUGGAUCAGUUCUCUAAACGAUUAUGUGAAUUAAGACAGGUGAUCGACGCGGGAGAACCAGCCGGGCCCUCUGAAGAGCCAUCGGAUCAGCAUGCACAUCCGGAAGAGCCUUGUCUAGAUAGUGCCCCGGGGAACCCCACGACUCAGGAAGACCAGGGAGAUGUACAUGAGCAAACGCCCUCUUAUUUGGAUGAACCGACUCAUCCGUGA